GCAGUGAGUCCACAACUCCCCAGUCCCAGACACAACCAGCGAGACGUCAACAACAGAGAGCUGGUUACUGAUGCUGGUGAAUUGUGAGAGUAAUUACAUUGUAACGACGCGUGUUCAAGGUUAUUACUUUGUAUCAACUACGUUCGAUUUGCAUCAAGAUGUUUGGCUUUCACAAGCCGAAGAUGUACCGGAGUUUAGACGGCUGUUGCAUCUGCCGCGCUAAGUCCUCCAGCUCGCGCUUCACGGAUAGCAAGCGGUACGAGAAGGACUUCACGAGCUGUUUCGGAUUGUGUGAAACUCGGUCUGGUGAAAUCUGCAAUGCCUGUGUACUCCUUGUGAAACGAUGGAAGAUACUCCCAGUGGGGUCUAAGAAAAGCUGGAAUCAUGUGGUUGAUGCCCGAGGAGGCCCCAGCCUAAAGAUGUCUUCCAGGCCAAAGAAGCUGAAGUCCCUCUCCAAGAGAGCCAGGCCAAGCCAGAUCAGCCGACUGCAGAAAGAGCUGAAGAGAAACAACUCUGAUGCCCACAGCACCACGUCCAGUGCCUCGCCGGCCCAGUCUCCCAGCUACAGCAACCCCUCAGAUGAGGGCACCGACACAGAACUCUCCCCUGGCUCCAGCCGUUCCCCUGUCUUCUCCUUCCUGGACCUCACUUACUGGAAGAGGCAGAGGGUGUGUUGUGGGAUCAUCUACAAGGGCCGGUUUGGGGAGGUGCUCAUCGACCCCCACCUCUUCAAGCCCUGCUGCCGCAAGAAACGGCAGCGGCAGGAGCUGGAGGAGGAGGAGGAAGGGUACGAGGAAGAAGAGGUGGAGGUGGUAGAAGUGACGGAGGAGGAAGAGGAGGUGAAGAGGUCAAACAGCCAGAAGAGCUUAGAGACUCCUCAGCUACAGGUCACCAUGACAACACCUCAGACCKUAGAGGAGGGGGAGGAGGUUGAGGAGGGAGACUGGUGACACUGCACCACAGUGUGUGCAUCUUUGAGGAAACCUUGGGAGUGCUCCUGGUUUACAAGCGCUUACAAAAAUGAGUUAGGUCGGAUUUCCUUCAGUCAACGAGCAGCUGAAACCCAUUUUUACUUUUUUUUUAAAAUUUUGUUAAUUUGGUAACUUGUGGAAUGACUGAGCCAUCAGGUCUUGUACUUGGUAUUCUCCUUGUCCUGGGUUCAUGUUCAUUAGGCCGGUUAUGCAACGGAAAAUGAGCUUUUCUUAUUGGGCAAGUUAUGUAGUACCUACGUGUUGCAAUCUAUUUUCUUCUGUUAGGUUCCUAAUGAAUAUGACCCAAAUGUUCGAACACCUUUCUUGGUGUGUUUUUCUCCUUGACAUGAAAUGCUGUAGCUCUGACUGAUCACCAGCAUACCUUUUACAGGUUACAGUCGUACAGUAGCACUUGUAUUAUACUGAAACACAUUUGCAUUUAUACCAUUUUUUUUAUUGAUUCUUUAUAUGGGCCUGUAUAUAUUUAUAUAUAGGCCUCGAUUGAGAAAGGCCUAUUCACAACACCAACAGCCAAUACACCACCAACAGCCAAUACACCAGCCUUAAUUUAGUGAGGGAAGGCAGCGCCAGUGUUUUGUCAGUGUUGGUACUAAGGGAUGAUAUUAAAGGGACAUUUCAAAAAGGUUCAACUUGAUAUUUAUUAUCUCCAGCAUCACCCCAACAUCAACAUGUUUAAAAACGGCAGUUAUCUAUGUUUUGUAGUCUAAAGGAUGCACACCAGAUGAUGUAAAAGAAAAUGGAUUCCGGAUGAAAAACGUUUGACAUCGUGAUUUAAAAAAAA